AUGAGUACAUUAGAUCCAUACCACAUGAUGGUUGUAUCAAAAUACUUUACAAAAAUAAGUGAUUUUAUACACAUUGAAUUGACGUGCAAAAAGUAUGUAAACAACAUGGAGAAGUUCCACACGAAUCCAAUUCCGGUUGAUAAGAAGACAAUUCAUUUUUUUCCAAAUCUUGAGACUUUUAACAUUUGGUCGAGAGAAACUGAAUUAUUUGGAAAUGACAUAUUUACAGGGGCGUGGGUCAAGAAACAGAGUCGAAUUACUUUCUAUAAGAUUAACGUGUGGUUUGCAGUGGAUUACACAUUUACUCAAACCCACAAGACCGAAAUAUUUGUGUUUAAAAAUGUGAUUUACACCAUAUCAGACAGAAAAAAAUACGGCGAUUUUAUUCCAGACAACAUCAGGGCGUUAGGGGACAAAUGUUUUUCUAUGUCAACCGCGAAGGAAGUUUGUGUACCAAACGCAGUCAGUUUUAUAUCACAUGGGUGUUUCUACAAAUGCAAUUCAUUGACUUCAGUGACCCUUCCACGAACAUUGCAAAAACUUGAACACAACACUUUUGCGAUGUGCAGUUCAAUUUCUUCUGUGGACAUCCCAAAAGGUGUCAUAGCAAUUGAUGAUUUUUGUUUCAAAGAAUGCACAGCACUGUCGUCAAUAGAAUUUCCUGAGAAUAUCUCUGUUAUCUCCAAAAGUUGUUGCGAAAAUUGUUAUAAGUUAUCAAGUGUUAUAUUUCCACCACAUUUGGAAUCGAUCAACGAGUGUGCUUUUUGCGAGUGUUCGACUUUGAGUUCAAUUAAAAAUUUUGAGUGCAAUUCCUGUGUUGGAGACAAAGUGUUUUACAAAUGCGUGAAUUUAACAACAGUGGAAAUUAAAGGGAAAAUUAAAAGCUUUGGUAGCUAUUGCUUUGGUAUGUGUAAGUCGCUUGUCAUAAUAAAACUGCCAGAAAGUGUGACUGAACUUCAUUUUGGGUGUUUCAAUGGAUGUACAAGUUUAUGUUCUAUAACAUUGCCAGAACAAUUGAAAGAUAUUCCUGAUUAUUGUUUUGGAGAAUGUAUAAAACUAAGCGAGUUUGUUAUACCUAGCAAUGUCAGUUCCCUUGGUGAAAUGGCGUUUUCACGUUGUGUUUCUUUAAAGGGAGUUGUCAUAUCAACUAGUGUUAAGAAAAUAGAAUCGAAAUGUUUUUGUGGAUGCACUUCUUUGAUAAUUACAAUGCCAAAAAUAAAAAUACAACUUGGGAAAAACUGCUUUGAAAAAUGUAAAAAGAUUAUCAAAAAAUAA